CCUUUUCACAUUGCCAAACGUUCUUUUUACGCCGCGCGACUGGAAAGUUGCUGAUUUAUUUGGCAUAAUAAACUAAUUCAGGUUCAAAUGCACUGUAGUCUAGAGCUAUUCUCAGAAGAGGAUAUAUCAAGAAUCAUUCUUAACCUUUAAACAGUCAAGAGUUCUACCGGGCUUUUUCGUGGUUGUGCGAGAGCUCCGGAGCAUGUCGUUGCCGAAGCGGGAGGUGGAGGAACUCCGGCCAUGGGUGGAACGUACAGUGAAGAAGGUUCUGGGCUUCUCCGAACCUACUGUUGUGACAGCCGCACUACACUGUGUCGGCAAGGGGUUAGACAAACGGAAGACCACAGACCAACUGAGACCCUUCCUAGAUGAGUCUGCUGGAGGUUUUGUUGAACGACUGUUCGAAGCCCUAGAGGAAAGUAGAAACACCCGUGGCAACAAGGGGGCUGGUGAACGGAACCGCAAGAGAGACCUCAAGGAUGUGUUUGGGGACGAGAUGGAGGCGAUGAAGGAGGCUCCGGAGGCGGGUGACUCGGCGAGCAAGAAGAAGCGCGCUCACCGCUUCCAGGAGGUGCCCGAGGAGCCGGAGGUCAUUCCAGGCCCGCCCGCAGAGAGCCCCGGGAUGCUCACCAAGAUGCAGAUUAAGCAGAUGAUGGAGGCUGCUACCAGGCAGAUUGAGGAGAGGAAGAAGCAACUCAGCUUUGUGGCUCCUGUUCCUGUGUCCCAGACCCGGCUGCCCCUGCCCACUCCUUCUGCCCAGUCGGAGCUGAGGCUGCCGCUGCCCACCCCUGCGCAGUCCUCCAUGGGCAUGGCCCACUCCAUCCCGCCCUCGCAGGCGGCCAGCAUCAUGAACGACGCCAUCGAGAAGGCGCGCAAGGCGGCCGAGCUGCAGGCGCGCAUCCAGUCGCAGCUGGUGGCCAAGCCGGGCAUCCUGGGCGCCCUCGGCAACGCCGGCUCUCAGAACCUGGUGGCGCUCGCCAACCUGCACGCCAUGGGCAUCGCCCCACCCAGCAAGGUGGAGUCCCGUGAGGUGACCAAACCAACGCCGCUGAUUCUGGACGAUCAGGGACGCACCGUAGACGCCAGCGGCAAGGAGGUGGAGCUCACACACCGCAUGCCCACGCUCAAGGCCAACAUCCGUGCGGUGAAGCGGGAGCAGUUCCGGCAGCAGCUGAAGGAGCGUCCAGGAGAGGACCUGGAGUCCACCUCCUACUUUGACCACCGCGUCAACAUCCUGCCCGCCCAGCGGCCCCGCAAGGGCUUCAAGUUCCACGAGCAGGGCCGCUUUGAGAAGAUCGCCCAGCGCAUCCGCACCAAAGCCCAGUUGGAGAAGCUGCAGACAGAAAUCGCUCAAGCUGCCAAGAAGACGGGCAUCCAGGCGUCCACUAAGUUGGCACUGAUCGCACCCAAGAAGGAGCUGGGGGAGGGCGAGGUGCCCACCAUCGAGUGGUGGGACUCGUACAUCCUGCCCUCCAACAUCGAGCUGAGUCCCAACACCAUCUUUGAUGAGAUGGAGUUGUUUGGUGUGACGAACCUCGUAGAGCAUCCAGCACAGAUGAGCCCUCCUGUGGAUGGGGACAAGGCGGUGACUCUGGGGGUGUACCUGACCAAGAAGGAGCAGAAGAAGCUGAGGAGGCAGACCAGGAGAGAGGGCCAGAAGGAGGUGCAGGAGAAGGUCCGACUGGGCCUCAUGCCCCCUCCAGAACCCAAAGUGCGGAUCUCUAACCUGAUGCGUGUGCUGGGGACGGAGGCGGUGCAGGACCCCACCAAGGUGGAGGCCCACGUCAGGGCUCAGAUGGCCAAGAGACAGAAGGCCCAUGAGGAGGCCAAUGCAGCCCGUAAGCUCACAGCAGAACAGAGAAAAGAGAAGAAGGUGAAGAAGCUCAAGGAGGACCUCACUCAAGGCGUUCACAUUACAGUGUACAGGAUCAGGAACCUGCACAACCCUGCCAAGAAGUUUAAGGUGGAGGCCAACGCCAACCAGCUGUACCUCACCGGCACCGUGGUGCUGCACAAGGACGUCAACAUCGUGGUGGUGGAAGGAGGUCCAAAGUCCCAGAAGAAGUUCAAACGGCUGAUGCUCCAUAGGAUCAAAUGGGACGAGGGCAACUCCAAGAGAGAUGUAGAGGGACUAGUAGAUGAGGAAGGACUGAAGAAGAAGAAUAAGUGCGACCUGGUUUGGGAGGGAACAGCGAAGGAGCGGAGCUACGGAGACCUGAAGUUCAAGCAGUGCCCCACGGAGAACAUGGCGCGGGAACACUUCAAGAAGCACGGAACCGAACAUUACUGGGACCUGGCCCUGAGCCAGAGUGUGCUGGAGGGCAACGACGACUAAGGGAACGGAACCGUGCGGAACUGCUAGAACGUUUGGCCCUGGGGGGGGGCCGGGGGGCUGCAGACUGGCAUUGCGUCUCAGAGACUGACCCGCAGAUACAGAGACUGAGGGGGGAGUGUGUGUGUGUGUGUGUGUGUGGACGGACGUGGACGUGUGGACGCAGAUGUAUGGAAUGGCAAGCUUACUUUUUCCUGUGCUAAUGUCAGUUGGGACAAUAUAGCUUUUUUUUUAUUUCCCCCAAAUUCUGCAAGUACUCCGUCAGUGAUGCUGUAUGACCUGCUCAACAAAAUUGUCUGAGGAUGUGUGUAAUCAGUAAUCCUUUUACCGUGUGUGUGUGUGUGUGUGAGAGUCAGUUAGAGUGUGUGUGUGUGUGUGUGUGAGGGGAAACUGUCCUGUCCGUGUGUGGCUAAAUGUACUUGCUUGUAGCCUGUUGAAGUCUCUCCUCUUGAAACGACACACCAACACCACUCUUCUUUUCUUCUGUCAUGCUGAAUUGUCUCAUGUGUACUACACAAACUCAGUCGCAAAAUCUCUUGCCAUCUCUUGUACCAAGAUUGCAGUGGCUAAGACAAGUCCAUCAGUGUGUGGUUUGGGAGACACAGAGUUACAUCACUGUGCUUGAUGGGAGGUAGCUUUCCAAAUGGCAACAAACAAAAUAUUGGCAAAAACAAAUGGUUUGUAGUGUUUUAGACCGAUCAAAAACGUUGACUUUGUUUAUUUUUUGGUUUUAGUAUUAGUCUCCCCCAUUUUUCUUUUUUUUUUGUCAAAUGCCAAUUGUGACCUACUGAUGGUCCUUGUACACAUGUAAAUAUACCUUAGCUAACAACUGUGGAGAGGGUCAUUAAAAAGAAAAAGAAAAA